GGAAAGAUGGCGGCGGCCACGGUCGGGGCUGGCUCUGUAACUGCGGAUUUCUCUGAUCUGCGUGGCAUUAAGAAACAGCUGCUGGAUGUGGCAGAACGAAGCCGAGAGCGCGGCUUGCAGCAUAGUGGCAAGUGGGCAUCAGAGUUGGCUUUUGCCUUGGACCCACUGCCGUUGAAUGAACUCUCUCCCGCUCCUGUGCUUACAGAGGAAGAUGCUCGCGAUUUGGAUGCUUAUACCCUGGCUAAGUCUUACUUUGAUUUGAAAGAAUAUGACAGGGCUGCCUACUUUCUACGAGGCUGCAAGAGUCAGAAAGCCUAUUUCCUGUAUAUGUACUCCAGAUACUUGUCAGGUGAAAAAAAGAAGGAUGACGAAACAGUGGAUAGUCUGGGUCCAUUAGAGAAGGGACAAGUGAAGAAUGAAGUUCUAAGAGAGUUACGAGUAGAGCUUAGCAAGAAGCACAAAGCACGAGAGUUGGAUGGAUUUGGCCUUUAUCUGUAUGGAGUGGUGUUGCGAAAGCUGGAUCUAGUGAAGGAGGCCAUUGAUGUGUUUGUUGAAGCCACCCAUGUUUUGCCGUUGCACUGGGGAGCCUGGCUGGAGCUUUGUAACUUGAUCACAGACAAAGAGAUGCUGAAGUUCCUGUCCUUGCCUGAUACCUGGAUGAAGGAGUUCUUCCUGGCACACAUUUAUACUGAGCUACAGUUGAUAGAAGAGGCUUUGCAGAAGUACCAGAGUCUCAUUGAUGCAGGCUUUUCCAAGAGCACCUACAUUAUCUCCCAGAUUGCAGUGGCCUAUCACAAUAUCCGAGAUAUUGAUAAAGCAUUGUCCAUCUUCAAUGAACUUAGAAAGCAAGAUCCUUACAGGAUAGAAAAUAUGGACACCUUCUCUAAUCUACUCUAUGUCAGGAGUAUGAAGCCUGAACUGAGUUAUUUGGCUCACAACCUGUGUGAGAUUGACAAGUACCGUGUUGAGACCUGCUGUGUGAUUGGGAACUACUAUAGUUUGCGCUCUCAGCAUGAGAAAGCAGCUCUCUACUUUCAGAGAGCAUUGAAACUGAAUCCUCGGUAUCUUGGAGCAUGGACUCUCAUGGGGCAUGAAUACAUGGAAAUGAAGAACACAUCAGCGGCUAUUCAGGCAUACAGACAUGCCAUUGAGGUGAACAAAAGAGACUACAGAGCAUGGUAUGGUCUGGGGCAAACCUAUGAGAUCCUCAAGAUGCCAUUUUACUGCCUCUAUUACUAUCGACGAGCCCAUCAGCUCAGACCGAAUGAUUCUCGUAUGCUGGUUGCUCUUGGAGAAUGUUAUGAGAAGUUAAAUCAGCUGGUAGAGGCUAAAAAGUGUUAUUGGAGAGCGUACGCUGUAGGAGAUGUGGAAAAAAUGGCAUUGGUGAAACUAGCAAAGCUGCAUGAACAGAUGAAUGAAUCAGAACAAGCAGCUCAGUGCUAUAUCAAAUACAUCCAAGAUAUCUAUUCUUGUGGGGAGAUAGUGGAGCACCUAGAAGUGAGCACUGCCUUCCGCUAUCUGGCACAAUACUACGUCAAGUGCAAACUGUGGGACGAAGCUUCAGCCUGUGCCCAGAAAUGCUGCGCAUUCAAUGAUACAAGAGAAGAAGGGAAAGCUCUCUUGCGGCAAAUCUUACAGCUACGCAACCAAGGGGAGACGUCAUCCACAGAGAUUGCCACGCCCUUUUUCCUUCCUUCUUCGCUGUCUGCCAACAACACUCCCACACGCCGUGUGUCGCCACUAAACUUGUCUAACAUUACCCCAUAAACAGUGCCUGCCUCUGUGAGCUGGGCAAUCCAGCUGGAAACUGGAUUUCACUUCGACACCAUCUCUUUAGGGAAGGCUCUCCGUUGAGUGCUGUCUUCCUUAGCGGGCUGAAAGCGGAUAUUGUCGGGAUAUCCGUGGCAUAGAUUGAUCCUCUGUAUGGAGUGAGCUGCUUUUCAUCAACCAUCUUCUUAUUUAGUGGGAUACUUCAGUGUAAGAGACUGCUCUCUCUAUACUGAAAUUUGGUUGGAAUUGCUGCUCCGCCUAUGUUGUUUUCAUUAUAUCCCUUUUCAAGGUAUCAUAACCCCACGAGUAAACAGCCUCUUCAGCAUAAACAUACUGGUUCUUAUUGGAAGAGUAAGUCGUGCCUUUCAGUAAAUGAGACAGAAGGAAUCAGUCCUUACACCUCUAGGGCCUCAUCCACUUGCUGGGUGCUUCUCCGCUCUGGAGCAGAGUAGCUGCCUUAGGCUACCUGCGAGUGAAAAGAACCCAUGCAAAUAGGAGUGGGAGGAGAGGGAGGCUCAUAGCACAGCGCAGUUUCUGUAGAUAACAAAAGCAUUUGGAGCAAAUGCGUAUGGGCAUGAAUGGGGAAGAAAAAGCUAGCAAUUGCGUGGGAAUUAGGCCCAUGCUGAUGCUGCUGUGCAGCCUGAUGUGAUAAUGCAAGUAAAGGAUGACCCAUCAAGCUGCUACUGCAAUGUUGUCAUUGUUUUUUCCUUAUACACUGGCUGUAAGAAGGUCAGUUGCUUCUUGGGAGGCAAAUCUUGGCAGCCUUUUUGUCUGUCAGGAACAAAACAGGAGCAUUCCUUCAGAGUAGCCAGGAGCUGAUGUGUUUUAGAGCAGUGCUGUACUAGGAUGUGCACUUCAGCUGCUGAAUAUGAUUUUGCAAACUGAAAUAAUGGUUGUGAUCGAUCCUUGCUGCCACUGAGUAACUGAAUAAUUUAGUAAAACAACGAUGGUUCAGCUUUUCUGCAACAACAAGAAAAGAAUUCAGGGAUACAGAACAAGGACUUGGUCUGUGUGUGUGUGUUAAUGGCUGACUUCCUGGUAGGAUUCAAGCAACCUUAUUUGUUUCUUCCUCCAUUACAUUUUUAUCAGUGUUUCUUUGUCCUUUUUCUGUGAAACAAAUGUGGUUUCUUUGUGUACAGCUGUCAUGGCUCAGAUGGGGUGUCACCUGAUGCUGCCACCACUCUGGUUCCAGGCUCCUUGAAGAAGGCCCAGA